GUCCAUUGCCAAACCGAGUACGUUACAGAGAAAGAGUGAAUCGACCAUAGACAACUCCAUUCUUAUUGUAUGCCCCCCCCACGCCCAGGCCACGGGAUCUCAAAAACCACUCUCGGCACCGUCAAUUGCCCCCCUGCUCGGCCCCUCUCGCACGAGAAUCCAGCCCUUUGAUUCCCGGAUCUACUCCGAUAGUUUGCCCGGUGGAGCCCAGUGCGGCACCAUCUCCGAGUUCGGUAUUGUUAAACGCGGGGGGCGACGAGACACGGGUUAUUGACACCCCGUGAAUAUCCACCGCGAGAAUUGAGACCCAAGAUAUCCCGCGCAAUGGGGCGUGAGAUACGGCGGGUCGUUCCUUGAUCCUGUGAGGUAUUGAAUUUUUUCUUUUUUUUAGAAUUUUUUUUCUAAAUCAGGUCCGAUGGUCAGAGCGCGUGGGGACUCGGCUUUGAUAUACCCCUCCUUAUUUCCCUCCCCGCGCUGUUUUUUGUUCCUUUUGCAUUUUAUUUUCCUGCUCUCUUACCUGACUUGAUUCUUGUGUUGAGACGAGGCCCGCGUCUUUCCAAGCUUGCAAGGUCGUUGAUAUCAUUCCAAAUCUUUAAUUCACUUGAUCCUUCUAUCACAUAUCACAAUGCCUUAUCCUGAGGAAGCUGAGGGUUUCCAGGUCGACGGUCCUGAGACCUUUACCGAGUUCCACAAGCGCUUCUAUAAGCUGAAGCCCUUCGGCGACUAUGAUGUCGACGUCAAGAUCGAGGCCUGCGGUGUCUGUGGCAGUGACGUGCACACCAUCAGCGGUGGAUGGGGAGAGCAGAAGUUCCCCUUGUGUGUCGGACACGAAAUCAUCGGCCGUGCCAUCCGCGUCGGCCCUAAGGUCACUCUGAUCAAGGAGGGCCAGCGCGUCGGUGUCGGCGCCCAGUCAUACUCUUGCGGCGAAUGCAAGCAAUGCCGCAACGACAACGAGACCUACUGCCCCGUAAUGAUGAUGGACACCUACGGCUCCGAGUGGCCCGAGACCGGCAUCGUCAGCCAAGGUGGCUACUCCUCUCACGUCCGCACCCACGAGCACUGGGUGUUCCCUAUUCCCGACGCCCUGGACUCCAACACCGUGGCGCCCAUGCUCUGCGCCGGUCUGACGGCGUACUCCCCGCUUAUCCGCAACGGUGCCGGCCCCGGCAAGAAGGUCGGUAUCGUCGGUCUGGGUGGUAUCGGUCACUUUGGAAUCAUGUUUGCCAAGGCACUGGGCGCGGAGACUUGGGCUAUUUCCCGGUCUCGGGCGAAGGAGGCGGAUGCCCGGAAGUUGGGUGCGGAUGGAUAUAUUGCUACCGCCGAGGAAGGGUGGGAGAAGGAGCAUCUUUUCUCGUUUGAUAUUAUCAUUAACUGUGCCAAUUCGUCCGAGGGCUUUGAUUUGGCCAAGUACCUGUCCAUGAUGGAUGUGCAUGGUCGGUGGGUUAGUGUUGGUUUGCCCGAGGAGGAGGGUCAGGUUAUCAAGGCGCAGUCGUUGAUUGCCAAUGGUGUUCUCAUUGGUGCUAGCCACUUGGGUAGCCGUCGUGAGAUGUUGGAUAUGCUGCAGCUGGCUGCCGAUAAGGGACUGAAGGGUUGGGUAGAGGAGAUUGUUAUUAGUGAGGAGGGACUGAAGGAGGCCAUGCUGCGGAUGAAGAAGGGUGAUGUUCGCUAUCGGUUCACUUUGACCGGAUAUGACAAGGUAUUUGCUUGAAAUAAGCGUGGGGACCUUGGGGAUGGUGGGGGUGUCGGCAGUUUUGAGGCGUCUUGAGGCUGGGGCGGGAUAGAUGGGUUUGCAGAUUUUGAGAUACCUGUG